GGCGGAAGGGGAAGUGGGGCGGAGGGGCAGGUGGCGGAGGGGAAGAUGGCGUACCAGAGCCUCAGGCUGGAGUACCUGCAGAUCCCACCGGUUAGCCGCGCCUAUACCACCGCCUGCGUACUCACCACUGCCGCAGUGCAGUUGGAAUUGAUUACACCUUUUCAGCUGUACUUCAAUCCUGAAUUAAUCUUUAAACACUUCCAAAUAUGGAGGCUAAUCACCAAUUUCUUAUUUUUUGGGCCAGUUGGAUUCAAUUUUUUAUUUAACAUGAUUUUUCUAUAUCGUUACUGUCGAAUGCUAGAAGAAGGCUCUUUCCGAGGUCGGACAGCAGACUUUGUAUUUAUGUUUCUUUUUGGUGGAUUCUUAAUGACUAUUUUUGGUUUGUUUGUGAGCUUAGUUUUCUUGGGCCAGGCUUUUACAAUAAUGCUUGUCUACGUGUGGAGCCGAAGGAACCCAUAUGUCCGCAUGAACUUCUUCGGCCUUCUCAAUUUCCAGGCCCCCUUUCUACCCUGGGUGCUCAUGGGCUUUUCCUUGUUAUUGGGGAACUCAAUCAUUGUGGACCUCUUGGGUAUUGCGGUUGGACACAUAUAUUUUUUCUUGGAAGAUGUAUUUCCCAAUCAGCCUGGUGGAAUAAGAAUUCUGAAAACACCAUCUAUUUUGAAGGCUAUUUUUGAUACACCAGAUGAGGAUCCAAAUUAUAAUCCACUACCUGAAGAGCGGCCAGGAGGCUUUGCCUGGGGUGAGGGCCAGCGCCUUGGCGGGUAAAGCGGCAGUGCCAAUAAUGGACCCAGCUGGGAAGGACUCAGUGACACACCCAUGGGGAUUCUUCUAUCCUUUGUGUUGCAAAAGUGUGGACACUUUUGACAGCUUGACAGAUUUUAACUCCAGAAGCACUUUAUGAAAUGGUACACUAAUCCAGAAGACAUUUCAAGCAGUUUGCCAGUGGUUCCUCACUGCACUGGUACUGAAAGUGUAAUCUCUUGGAGCCAAAAAAACUGGAGAAACAAAACACCCUGCCACCUCUGGUGAACAAGUACGCGAGUACUUGAGUUCUGUGGUAUAAGGCAGAGCUUUUUCCUCCUCCUCUUCUGUGAUAGAUGCGGCCAUGGUGUAAAUGGAAGUUUCAGGGAGGAAAAAAUAAAACUGAAUUCCAUCUCUCUCUCACUGAAUUAGAGCUUUUGUGUGUGAUCUUUUAAAUUAUGAUGCUAUAUUCCAGCACUCCUGCAUAGGUGUGAACUCGGAGCAGCUUCCAUGCUCACUCCUCCUGUGUCUCCACAGCUUUCGACUAGAUUUCAUUUCAAGAUUGGAAAUGUGGCUGUAUAUACAUCUUACUAAUUCAGAAUGCCAACUGCAGUAGGAAGAUUUGUUUCUGCUCUCAUUGGGGUUUUACAAAACUUCAAGUUGUCAGACGAUGUGGAAACAAGGGGUGGGGAUAGGGUGGCUCUUGCAGCAGCAGGAAUUCAGCUAUAGGAGUGUCCAACUAUAGGCAGAAAGUUCAUGUGGCAUCUGAUUUACUCUGCCUGCAUUUCUCCAUUAAGAACUCCAGGGGAAGAUAAUGGCCUCCUUCUUGUAAAGCAACAGAUUUUUAGGCCUGGAAACCAGUUUAGAAUGUUGACUUUGGAGCUGGAUGAACAGGUACCAGUUAGGCAGGGAUAUGUUUCUCCUGGGUCUUUGGCUGAUUAACAUUUGCCAUUUGCUUCAUGGAAAACCAAGAAGCUUUUCAGAGCCAAGUACCUGGUUUACCUUCCAAUCAGGUAGAAAUUAGACAGGUUCCACAGAAAUAGGAACUUAAUGCCUGUGGUUCAGUAAAUGCUUAUCCAAAAUAGUAACUUCCCUGGGUCUCUGCAUGUUUGCAUUCAUGCUGCUUAAGUAAUUCAGGGAACCCAGAGGACUAAAAGGGACACCCCCAGAAAAGAGAUUCUUUCAAAUAGUUUUGAUAAACAGCAUGUAGGCACAGGACUAUUUCCUAAGUAGUUCCAGACUCUGUAAGUGGUAGCUUUCUAGAGUAUGCGAUUUUCCUCUGAAAUGAAGGUUUAAAUUAAACAUCCUAAAUGGGAAUUUUCAUAGUGUUUGUGAAGUGAAUAGUAUUUUAACAUCUGAUUUCAAUGGAAUAUGCAUAAGGAAUGAAACUUACAUAUUUUACAUGCUAUUGGUUGGUAAUUUUGAAUAUGAUUGUUGCAAUUUUAUAGAAUAUGGGUUAAUGGGACUGCUGUUUUUCCUGAGUGGUUUAAAAACUUUAAAUGCCAAUCUUGGAAUGCAUAAUCCUUAUGGGAUUCUUAAAUUGUCGUGUCUUUGUUCAAGAAAGCUUGAAUUGAAUUAGUAGGAGUUUUUUAUAUUAUUCGUUUUGGGACUAGAAGUGGGUUUCUCUAGUUUUAUUUGUUCUCCCUCAGUUAACUGAGUUAUCCCAUUCAUGGAAUUUUUGUGGUAAAAUUUUAAACCUAAAAUCUUUUCCUUGACUGUUCAUUUAAGGAAUGUCUGCAUAUUGAUGGCUGGGUAAAACAAGAAGCCAGUUUUGAAUUGAUAGCCUAACACAGUUGGUUAUGGGAGUUGGAUUUCUCUGAUGGGAUGAGAAUUCCUAGCGGCAGGAUGCCACACUGUGCCACUUUACUCUGCCCUGGGCAGUGGUCAUUUCAGUCACCAACCUCUUAUCAGAUUGGCCCAUCCCACUACCACCAUCCCUAGCCCUGUGUUGCUUAACAGGUUACCUAGGCUUACCUGAACAUAAAGAAAAAGUUCAUCAUCUCCAACUUACCUCUCAGCCUCGAUUCUUCCAGAACACCCUUUUACAUAAUGCAAGUCAACUGAAAAAUGAGAUUCGGUAUAUGGAAUUUUGUGACAAAUUUACCUGACAUCAUUUAAGGGAUUCCUGGAUUCUACCAGUAAUACUGAAAAGCACAUCUAGCCAAGGCAUAGUUUUGUUGUUACUGUAGUAAUACAAUAUACGUUCAUUUUUUUUAAAUGGACGUGUAAAUUGCAUCUCCCUCGGAGAUAACAUUUUAUAUACAUUUUGGUGUGUUUUUUUCACUAUGGAUUUCUAUGUUUCUCUCUUCCCAUUGUUCUUUUUCUGUGUCACUCCUAUGUCCUAAUAUCUUUCAUACCUCUUGUGUAGUAUUUCUAAGCAGAGAGCACCCAAGUGUUAGAUUUUGGUAAUGAAACCCUCGCUCUGUCUCUAGGGUCUAUUGAAAUUAGGAAAUAUUGGAGCUACUGGCAUGUUGCAUAAGAGGCUUCCUAGAAUUGUCGUCUGUCUUUGAUAGCCUGUAUUUUAUGUUGCAGCCAUGUUUUCACUUGAUAGGUGACUGCCAUCUGUGUUGUAGUCACACUAUGCCAUUCUAGUGUUGUGUAGGAUGUCCCCUAAGCUAUUUGCAUAUUAUAUGAAUUCGCAUUAAAGUUGUUGAACUUUUUAUGAUCAAGUAACUUCUCUGCUCAGAAAUCCACAGUGACUUCUUAGCCCCCAUACCAAAUGCAUACUUUUUGUUUUCCUCUGAACCCUACUCCCACUUGUACCCAGCAGGGACCUCAGUUCAAGUCUCUUAAGUCCUUCAAGGCCUGACCCCUUUCCUGGUUCCUUCAGAAAUCUUGACUCUAAGGCCCAUUUCAUUGUCUUUCUG